AUGUCGGCGAAAGACGCGCGCACUUUCUGGUUCCGCGAUGCUGUUGUCUAUCAGAUCUGGCCUGCAUCGUACAAAGACAGCAACAACGAUGGGAUCGGGGACAUCCAGGGAAUCAUCUCGACGCUCGACUAUGUCAAGAGCCUCGGCGUGAACACGAUCUGGCUGUCGCCCAUGUAUGACUCGCCUCAGGUCGAUAUGGGCUACGAUAUCUCGGACUAUCAAAACGUGUAUCCGCCAUACGGCACGCUUCAGGAUAUGGAAGAGCUGAUUCGCGAAUGUCUCGCGCGUGGCAUCAAGCUGAUCCUAGACCUCGUCAUCAAUCAUACUUCCGACCAGCACGCUUGGUUUCAGGAAUCGAAGAAGAACAAGGACAAUCCGAAAAGGGACUGGUACAUCUGGCGUCCUGCCAAGUACGAUGCAGAGACGGGCGAACGCAUCCCACCGAACAACUGGAGGGGUGCACUGAACCAGUCUGCUUGGACGUGGGACGAGGCAACACAAGAGUACUACCUGCACUUGUUCACGCCGCAGCAACCGGAUCUGAACUGGACCAACGACGAGUGCAGACGCACUCUGUACACCGACACGAUCGAAUUCUGGCUCAAGAAGGGAAUCAAUGGGUUCCGCGUUGACACGGUCAACCUGUACAGCAAGCCGAUGGACUUCCCUGAUGCUCCCAUCACGGAUCCGGAUGCCAAGUGGCAGAUCGGCGACAGUGUCUUCUGCAACGGACCAAGAAUGCACGAGUAUCUGCAAGAGAUGGGUGCCAUCUUUGCCAAAUACGACGCAAUGACGGUCGGCGAGCUUCCUGCAACGCCAAACGUCGAGGAUGUGAUCCGCUAUAUCUCAGCAGAACGCAGCGAGCUGAGCGAGAUCUUCCAGUUUGACAUCUCGAUCCUGGGACGAAGCGCGGCCGACUUCUAUGCAACACACCCUUACACGCUGAAAGAGCUGAAAGAGGUGGUCGAGAGGUGGCAACGCUUUGUCGAGGGAACGGAUGCUUGGCCGACGGUGUUCCUGGAGAAUCACGAUCUGCCGAGAGCGAUCAGCAAGUACGCUUCGGACAAGCCCGAGCACAUCGCAGCAAGCGGCAAGAUGCUUGCGCUCAUGGAGACCGGGCUGACAGGAACGCUGUACCUGUAUCAAGGACAGGAGAUCGGCAUGACAAAUGUGCCGACGACGUGGAGUCACGAGGAGUACAAGGAUGUGAUUGCCAUCAACUACUAUCGGGAUGCAGCGACACGCUCAAGCAACGAUCCGACCGUUCUGAAGAAGACGCUUGAAGACAUCAACAGGCAGGGGAGAGACAAUGCCCGCACGCCGAUGCAGUGGACCGCGGCUUCCAAUGGUGGAUUCAGCACGGAUGCGAGCACGGUGCCAUGGAUGAGAGCCAACGACAAUUAUACGAGCAUCAACGUGGCUGCCCAGGAGGACGAUGAGGAAUCGGUGCUAGCAUUCUACCGCAAGGCACUAGCGGUGAGAAAGCAGUAUGCCUCGUUGCUGGGCAGGGGCGAGUUCAGGCUGUUGGAAAGGGACGAUCAACAAGUGUUCAAAUAUGUCAAGAUUGCAGAAGGCGGGAAGGACGGUGAUGCUGGAGCGAGGGCUUUCGCUGUGCUCAACUUUUCCGACAUGCCUCAAGAGUAUCAAGUGCCAGAAGAAGCGGGGGGCAGCAAAGCCAGGGUGCUUCUCGGCUCGCUAGAGGACGGGCAGCCAGGCAAGCUGCGAGCGUGGGAAGGGAGGAUGUACGUCUACGAGCCUUAG